CUUGGUGGUGCCUUCCCUUCGAGACCCUAUUGCAGCUUCAGUUGCAGCGGAACCGCCAUCGCCACCGCCUCUCGUCCAACUCCCGUGACCUACACAGAUCUAAGGCCUCUGUGGGUUCUCGAAUUUUCUGGCAAUAUUGUUUCACCUGGAAUUGUGCGCAAUUUUUAUUAGGAUCUUUGCAUCGAAGCGCCAUGCCUCGCCAACGCUCUUCGCGACCUGCGCCACGGCCAGUGGCUCGCCAAGCACCGCCGCCAGCGCCCGUGCGCCAGGCACACCCGCCCGCAGUGCCGCAGCAGAGUCAGGGAGGAGGAGGAAUGUUGUCCGGGAUUGGGAGCACUAUCGCGCAGGGAUUGGCAUUUGGAACUGGGUCUGCCGUGGCGCACCGGGCAGUUGAUAGUGUCAUGGGACCGCGGACGGUAGUGCAUGAGCAUGUUGGAGGGCAGCCUGAUAGCGGUGGCCAGGCGCCCCUCGCGCAGCCCGUUUCUGCUGACGCUUGUGCCAACCAGUCGAAGGCGUUCCAGGACUGCGUGAAUGCCAACAACAGUGAUAUCGGGAGGUGCCAGUUUUAUAUCGAUAUGUUGAAUGAGUGCCGACGUGGGCCUACCCAAACGAUGCUUUGAGCUAGAGGAUUGUGUGUGGCAGGAUUAAGUAUAUUUCACAGGGUCUCGUAGUGUCAGAUUGACAGAGGGGAUCUCUCUGCCCUGGUUUUUACUUUGGGUUUAGGUUUGAGGAAGAAAGAUCUCUGGCGCAGAUGCAUCUAGUCGGCAAAUGUUUUUGACGGGAAAAAAUUGGCAAGUUGUUACUCCGCCCGUUGAUUAUUAAAGGCGAUCCUCUUCCAUCUGAGAUCGGCGCACACUAUACUUGUGUUUUCA